AUCCGCGCCCGCGCUGCCAGUUAACCGAGGAGAAUGGGCUGUAGUUUCGAGGAGUAGGAAAAGCUGCAAACAGUGUGGAGCGCUCUUGGUGUAAAAAGAUACACGCGCGCCCGGCCGAUGCCUACGCUAAAGGCGCCAGAAACCGAAGGGAGGGCACGGAGCCAAGUUCCCUAACUCGCCUCUCCAUCCUUGGCCGGCGCCGGCGCCUUUCUUCUGCACACGGCGAGCCCCCUGGACUUUCUCGGGCGGCGGGAACACGCUCCGACUAUUGUUUGCGGGUCCUCUCCCCGCUCCCGCCCGCCCGGCCAAUAUGGCAAAGGUUCAGGUGAACAACGUCGUGGUGCUGGACAAUCCCUCGCCUUUCUACAACCCCUUCCAGUUCGAGAUCACCUUCGAGUGCAUAGAGGACCUCUCCGAAGAUUUGGAAUGGAAAAUCAUCUAUGUGGGCUCAGCAGAAAGUGAGGAAUAUGAUCAAGUUUUAGAUUCAGUUUUAGUGGGCCCUGUUCCUGCAGGAAGGCACAUGUUUGUAUUUCAGGCAGAUGCUCCUAAUCCAGGACUUAUUCCUGAUGCAGAUGCUGUAGGUGUAACGGUUGUCUUAAUCACCUGCACUUAUAGAGGUCAAGAAUUUAUCAGAGUUGGGUAUUAUGUAAACAAUGAAUAUACUGAAACGGAAUUGAGAGAAAACCCUCCAGUAAAGCCAGACUUUUCUAAGCUCCAGAGGAAUAUUUUGGCAUCUAAUCCCAGGGUCACAAGAUUCCAUAUUAACUGGGAGGACAACACUGAAAAACUGACAGAUGCUGAGAGCAGUAACCCAAAUCUCCAGUCACUCCUUUCUACAGAUGCCCUGCCUUCUGCCUCAAAAGGGUGGUCAACAUCUGAAAACUCACUAAAUGUCAUGUUGGAAUCUCAUAUGGACUGCAUGUGACCCACUUCCUUCUGCGCUGUUAUUUGUUGAGCUCCAAACACACACAGUACACACAACACAACCAUCACGGAAACCUUUUUCUUUGGAAUUACAUAUUAAACAAAUGUGAAAAUUGUUUAAAAAACACACACCCUGUAGAAAGUUUAUAAGGAAAAGUAUUUGAGUGGAUGUAUAAAUAAAACUAUUUUUAAGUAAUUCC